UAUAAAUCCUCACAAUCUCUCUAAAGGUUCAACAGCCUCUCUGCUUCCUCCAAUCUACGGAAAUUCCCCUCCUUUUCUCUCCGAAUCUGCAAAUACCCAUAUUUCAUUUCUCCCUUUUUCUUUACUUUUUUCGAAUAAAGAACGUUGUUCUUUUAAAAUUAUUGUGAAUGGUGGAAAGGCUUUGGAUCACCAGUAAUUUUAUGCUCUCCCUUUGUAGAUCAAGGGCGAGCACUCUCUUCUCUGUUUCUUCUGUCUCUGUUUUCGCUUUUGGUUCUUGCAAAACUGGCUGGUAUUACCGCUGCCUUGGCCUUGACCCAUAAAUCUAUACGCAGGAAUACCUCUUAAUCUCCGCCGGUCACCCAGAUUUAGUUCGAUUCUAAGCAAAGCAAAAUAAACCCGUUGUUUUUUUUUUCAUUUCGAAUAACAGGUUUUGGUGAAAUAUUGGAUCGUUUGAUUGUUUUAUUUUGAGAAAAAAAAACUGAAAAAAUGGUGCUUUACAAGCAGAAGAAGACUCGGGAUCUUAAGGGCAAAAGGAUCUUGAUUAGCAUCACUGUUUUGGGAAGUGCUGGGCCGAUUCGUUUCGUUGUUAACGAAGAAGAGCUUGUUCCUUCCGUUAUUGAUACUGCUUUGAAAGCCUAUGCUCGUGAGGGUCGGCGCCCGGUUCUUGGAUCCGAUAUCGAUGACUUCUUCCUUUAUUGCCCCAGCGUUGGCUCAGAUGCACUGAAUCCAUGGGAGACAAUUGGAUCACGUGGGGCACGGAAUUUCAUUUUGUGCAAGAAACUAAGAAGCGAGAAAAUGAAAGAUGAUGGAAAGCCGAGUGAAGCUUUUAGCAGGAAAGGAAGCGGGAAUUGGAAGGCAUGGAUCAACAAGUCCCUCAAUCUUAACAUAUCUUCCCAUUAAUACAUGAUUCCCAACACUUUUACUUCUCGUGUUAUCUUUUCUUUUAAGACAAGUACUUGAAUUAGGCUAUCAUUGAUGGUCAUGUAAACUUGUUUAUCUUUUCAA